AUGGUAGCCCGCUGUCUCCUUUUGGCUUCCAGCCUUUCCCUUCUUUUCAGUAACGCGACGGCAUGGACGUAUUCCACGAACUACUCAGCCCAACUGCUCUCUUCAGGAACCAUCCAUCUUGGCGAAUGGCAGGAGGCGUUUGAAAGGUCGAAGCAAUUCGUCGCUACACUGUCGAAUUCGGAAAAAAUCGACAUCAUCACCGAAGGCAGUGCUGGCAGCUUCCCGGGUUUGAGCACCAGUGAUGGCUCUGCAUCUGUCCUUGACUACUACUGGGUCACCACCUGGCCAGCUCCACUUGCCAUGGCCAUGACAUGGGACAAAGAGCUGGUCUACAACCAAAGCUACGGGCUCGGUUCCGAGAUGUGGAACAAGGGAAUCAACCUCGCCAACGCGCCCACUGCCCAGCCACUCGGCCGCUCGCCAUGGGGAGGACGCAAUGGCGAGACGUACGGCCCAGACGCAUACCUCAAUGGCAUCAUGUUCGGCCAGGCCACCAAGGGGAUCAGCGACGCGGGAGUCAUCCCCGCCGGCAAGCACGUGUUGCUGAACGAGCAGGAGACGAAUCGCGAAGGUGCGGGCUCCCUCAACGCAGCCGCCGGCGCCGCCGAGAACGCGUACUCGGCCGUCGUCGACAACAAAGCCCUCCACGAGACGUACCUCUGGGGUUUCAUGGACGCCGUCAAGAACGGCCUGGGCGGAGUCAUGUGUGCCAUGAACCGCGUCAACGGCACCUUCUCCUGCGAGAACCAGGAACUGCUCGCCUACUACCUCAAGACCGAGCUCGGCUUCCCCGGCCUGGUCUAUGCCGACGUCGGCGGCCAGAAGACCGGGAUCCACUCGGCCAAUGCGGGUCUUGACCGCGGCUCGUCUACCUACUGGACCAACUCGAGCAUCGCUGCCGGUAUGCAGAACGGGUCCUUCACCGAAGCUCGUCUAGACGACAUGGUGAUCCGCACCAUCAUCGGCUGGUACAAGCACGGACAGGAUCUUGCAAGCUUCCCGGACCUCGCCUCGGACGGUGACUAUGUCGACACGCGCAAGAAUCAUGGCGAGCUUGCCCGCGAGUAUGCAGCUGCCUCUCUCGUCCUGCUGAAGAACACGAACAGUGCCCUGCCUCUCAGGAGUCCCAAGAAGAUUGCCCUGUUCGGUGUCCAUGCGGGAUCCGCGCAGAUUGGACCCAACACUGAAAUGUCAGUCCAGGGAUCCGACUCCGUCUUCCAAGGCCACAUGGCGCAGAUUGGCGGAAGCGGCCAAGGCUCCUUUGCGUAUUUGAUCACCCCUGAACACGCCUUUGUUGAGAAGGCGAGAGAGGAUGGAGCCAUGCUCCGCGUCAUGCUCAACGACAGCGUCAUCUCCAGCGGAGCUACUGGUGGCAUUGGCGCGGGGCCCAAUGCCGGAUCCGCAAGCACAGACUCGACUGCGGCCACUCAGACAACCGAAGGCUACUCUUACAACCAGGACGUGUGCCUUGUCUUUCUGAACGCUUACUCCGGCGAGGGCGGCGACCGGGACGAGCUCUACAACACUGAUCAAGACAGCCUCGUAAACGCCGUUGCAGCCAACUGCAACAACACCGUCGUCGUAAUCAACACCACGGGCCCCCGUCUCGUCGAUCGAUUCAUCACCCACGAAAACGUCACCGCCGUCCUCUACGGCGGCGCCCUCGGCCAAGAAUCCGGAAACGCCAUCGUGGACGUGCUCUACGGCAAGGUCAACCCCUCCGGCCGCCUGGUCCACACCAUCGCCAAGAACGAAAGCGACUACGACCCCAACACCCAGAUCUCCGCCGACGAAGUCAUCACCUUCACCGAAGGCAACUACCUCGACUACAAAUACUUUGACAAAUACAACAUCACCCCACGCCACGAAUUCGGCUUCGGCCUCUCCUACACCACCUUCACCUACACCGCCCUCACAAUCACCACCACCACCACCACCAACGCCUCCUCCUCCACCACCCUCUCCGCCGCCCCCUACGCAACCGGCCCCCUCCUCCCCGGCGGCCGCGCCUCCCUCUGGCACCCCGCCGCCCGCGUCUCCGUCACCGUCUCCAACACCGGGCCCCGCGCCGUCGACGGCCACGAGGUCGCGCAGCUGUACCUGACGUACCCGGCGGGCGUGGGCGCGGACGUGCCGGCGCGGCAGCUGCGCGGGUUCGAGAGGGUGUGGGUGCCGGCGGGGGAAGAGCGGGAGGUGGUGUUUGUGUUGCGGAGGAGGGACCUGAGCGUUUGGGAUGUGAGGGCGGGGGAGUGGAGGGUGGAGGGGGGGAGGUAUGGGGUUGAGGUGGGGGCGAGCAGUCGGGAUGGGAGGGUGGAGGGGGAUAUUGUUGUGGGGUAG